GUCCGGGACUCAGUCUCUUAUUGUGCCUCAAUAUCCCCAUCUCUGACAUGAGAAGGCUCCACCCUGCCUGUGAGAGAAACCACAGAAUUUAACACUUAGCGCCUGUCUCUACAGGCUCUGCACAACUGACUGAUUUCACGUCACUGUUCUAACGCACUUGCCUAGAGAGAAGCCCUCCUAACUCCUUCCAGGGGCUGUGCGGUGAGGCAGCUGCAGGGUCUGAGCAGCCCGGGGGACUCACUCUGCGGCUGCUCUUGCUUUCUGUCUCAGCUGCGUUUGCAGCUCUGGCUGAGGGUGGGGGAAGAGGGUGAGGCCCCUUCUUCACAUCCCGCUAUGGACUGCUCAUGAUCCCGGCAGCAACCUCCCUUCACUCCUUCUUUCCCCACUUUCCCAGUUCCAGUACCUGUUCAUGGGCUGCGCUGCCAGCUGUGCCCAGCUGCAAUGCCAAAGUGCCAACUGCUCCAAAUGACCCACAGCCCUGGGGAUCACUUGGGAGUAGAGCUGCCAAAACCCUUUGAUCUACAAACGACCAUUUCUAACGGCGAGAGGUUUUGUCCAAUGGUUUAGUUUUUUCCAACGUUUCCAUUUCUUCAAAGAGAAGUUUGAAAUAUUUUUAAAGAAACAUCAGGAGCAUAUUUUAAAAUGUUUUUUUUCCAGUUUUUCACAUUCCUUUUUGCAAAAGAUUUACAUUUUGGAUUCCUCCUCCCUCCCUUUUCCCCCUGAUGUCUUUGGGCCACGGCUCAGAACAGCUGGUCUCCAGCUGUGCUCCACAGACUGAGUCCCUGAGCGGGGUGGUAACCCAGUGAGAGGCUCAGCCUGGCUGCAGGGGGCACAGCACAGUUUAGCCACAGGUCUCUGGGAGAGGGAGACUGCACCACUCAGAGUUGGGGGGGCACAGGCUGUGGCCCAAAGCCCUAACAGUGGUAGUGUAGUCGGCUUCCGAAUCAACAGGGAGUCCACUACGCACCACGUUGACUUACUCCUGGUUAGCAGGGAAUCCAGACCACACCAUGCUGACACCCCUUGGUGGCCACAUUGUGGCCCUGAUCCCCGAGGGUCGUGCCACACUCCCCCUCGUCCUGGCAAACCUGCAGUCUCAGUGGAUCUAUACUGUUAGAUGGACAGGCACCAGACACCACAGGUAGCUCCUCCAAGUCAGGAAGGACUCCAGUCUGCAGCUUCCUCUGGGGCAGUGUUGGUCAGGGAUCCGUGUGGUCCAGCCCGGUCAUUGGCCCCCUCUCGGUUGGUCACUGUUCCUUGGGUGGGAGACCAGAGGGAGCAUCCAUCUCCUGCAGCGGCUGGACUCCAAGUGAGCGGUCAGCACAGUCCUUUAUACUUCCAGCCACACCCCUCUGCUUCUGGGGGCGGGGCGAGACUGGACUGGCCACACUCACCAGAACACAUAGUUGUAGGCGGGAUGGUCAACACAUAGUUGUAGGCGGGGAGGCCCAGGACUCCUUGGCUUUUUUCUUUCUCACCUUUCUUUCUGCCCUGAUUCCCUUACUAUGGGCUCAGUCCCACUGAUUCUGGCUCACAGGUCACUUCUGGAUGCUCUUUCUCUACUGUCUUAUGUUCUUCCCCAUCCGGCCGUUCCCUGGGCCUGUUGCUCAGCAGGGACAGCAGAUUUCUCAGUUGUUCAGAAUGGGGACAACGGUGACAGACAGAGCAGGGUAGGCAGAAGUGACUGAGGCUGGGUGUGUAGCACCAGGCAGGUGGACUCCAAGCAGAUAAGGAAGGAAGUGGAGGCCAGGGGUAGGUGAUCCCUGGGCAUGAAACUGAUCCUUGUGUAAGGGUCCCAUGAGGUCCAGGCCCCAUCUAUGUUCCACAGAAGCCCAGAAGGAAUUGCCCACUGGGGGAGGGCUGUACUUCUAACCAGGGACUGGAGACCAGGGUGGGGGAAAAGGGCCAUCCAAUAUUCCCCUCCCAAACACCCACUGACCUUUCACUCUGGCCCCGCUGUGCCUUUAGCCAGGGGCUGUCUCGGUCCCCAGGCUGUGAGAUAGGACAGGGCACGUUUCUUUACUGGUAUGGUUAGACUCAAACAAGCAAACCGAGCCCCUUUGGCUCUCAACCUUCAACCCUAAAUAGAGACACUGCGGUUGGACUGGGGAAGGGAGGUGGUGCGGGGCAGGAAAUGGGGAACAAUGAUGAAUAUCAGACCUGGGGAGGAGACAGAGCAGAUCAGACACAGGCUGUGGCAUUUUUGCUGUCAGAACCCUACAGAUCCCACGAGGCCUGGAUGCAGGGAGAGGGGCUGGCUGGAGUAUCCAGCCCUGGCGAGCAGACGGGCUGAUCGGAUCAGAGUAGCAGAGAUUCCCUUGUGCGGAAGUCAGAGAGAACUGAAGGGGCAGGAGGGAACAGGAGCGACUGAGGAUUGUCCUGUCCUCACCUAUCGGGGAGAGGCUGAUUGGUUCCCCGAUGGUCUCAAUGCUCCUGUCUCUGUGCCUCUUGCUGCCCGCGCUGAGUCCCAGCAGCCAGGCGAUCUGCUCAGCUCCCGGUGCUCUUCCUGCCCCCACCCUCUACCUUAAUCAGAUGCAUGCUCCAGAAGCCAACUCUGUGCAACUCCGGUGCCUUGUGGACUUCCAGCUCCCGGUCACCCGCAUUGUCUUCUGUAAAGAUGGGGAGGAGCUAUCAACCCAGCAGGCCAUAAAGGAGAAGAUGAAUUACAACUAUGACCAUCUGCUGUCCAGGGGCAGCGCUGGGAAUUUUACCUGCAGGUACGAGAUCAAGGACAACAACAACUGGGUGAGAAGAUCUAAGCUCAGCCCUGCCCAGCACCUCAGCGUCACUGGCGGCAGGAGCAGCAGUGGUGCAGUGGAGGGGCCGACUCGCCCAGGCGGCGGGAGCAGCAGCGGAGGAGCAAAGAAACCGACCCGCUCAGGGCUGAAUCUAAAGCUCCUGUUGGGGAUUACGAUCCCUGCUGUGCUGGUGCUGGCUGUGGUUCUUUAUCUGCUGGGAAGGAAAGUUGUGUCUCUGCGAAGGGAUCACAGGGAACGAGCCUGGCGAGGCGCCAGCUGCAGUCCUGGAGAUCAGAUUGAAUAUGCCUCCGUGGAGUCCCGGAGAAGUGCCAGGCCACCACCUCAUAGAGAAGAGACACCAACAUAUGGAAACAUCACUCUGCGGUAGGACAGAUGUCAUUAACGCUCCAGUUGCUGAAAUGCCGACCCUAGCAACAGCUGUUCAGAAGGUUUGUCAUCUAUAAAGAGUGUCUCAGGUGUGGGACUCUCUGUCACAUCCUCUUCAGUGAAGACUGAUGCAGGGAAUUCAUGCAUCUCCUCUGCAAUCGACUUGUCCUUGACUGUUCCUUUGGCAUCUCAGUUCUCCAGUGGCCCUGGUUGUUUAGCAGACUUCUUGUUUCUGAGGUACCUUUUGUUUUCCUGUUAGUUUUUGAGUCUUUGGCCAGUGGCUCUUCAAAUUCUUUUUUUGCCUGCCUAAAUAUACUUUCAUAUUUGACUAGCCAGAGUUUAUGCUUCUUUCUAUUUUCCUCAGUAGGAUUUAACUUCUAGUUUUUAAAGAAUGCCUUUUUGCUUCCCACUGCCUUUUAUUUUGUUGCCACAGAGGCACUUUUGUGUAAUCUCCCGCCCAGGGAUAUUGAAUUGAAUUAUGUUAUGGUUGCUGUUUCCAAGUUGUUCAGCUACAUUCACCUCUUGGACUAAAUCUUGUGCUCCAUGUAGGAUUAAACCAAUAAUCUUCGCCUCUCUGAGGACACCAGGGCUGUGUCUACACUGGCCACUUAUUCCGGAAAAUCAGCCGCUUUUCCGGAAUAACUUGCCAGCUGUCUA